UUCAUAACAACCGCGUUCAACUGACGCUACACAUUCACGGGCACCCUGCGCACCUCACCGACAUACAUUACAGAUCGGCGCUCCGCUGUUAGUGAGCUGAAGCGCUGGAGAUGCUGAAAGUGACAAUGCCCGCCUCUAGAGCCGCUCCUGAAUACUGGAUCGAUGGAUCCAAGAAAGAGACGCUGGCGGACUUCUAUGAGCUGGAGUCUGAAUUGGGACGGGGAGCCACAUCAGUGGUGUUCCGAUGCCGUCAGAAAGGCACCCAGAAGCACUAUGCUGCGAAAAUGCUGAAAAAAACUGUUGACAAGAAGAUUGUACGAACAGAGAUAGGUGUAUUACUGCGCCUCUCUCAUCCAAAUAUAAUCAAACUGAAGGAGAUCUUUGAGACCCCUGCGGAGAUUAGUCUCGUGUUAGAACUUGUUACCGGUGGAGAAUUAUUUGACAGGGUGGUGGAGAAGGGCUACUACAGCGAACGAGACGCCGCUGAUGCAGUUAAACAAGUGCUGGAGGCGGUCGCGUACCUGCAUGAGAAUGGUGUAGUGCACAGAGACCUGAAACCUGAGAACCUGCUGUACGCCACCUCAGCGCCAGAUGCUCCGCUCAAAAUAGCUGAUUUUGGUUUGUCGAAAAUUGUAGACGAUCAGGUAACAAUGAAAGAAACAUUAAAAAUCUAA